UCCCCCUUCAGUUUUGUUUACAAGGUUUAAAAACGAUUUCAAUUAUCUGGACUUAAAAAUCACUUAAUUAACUUCAUUAAUCAUGCCGGUGAAUCCACAAAAACGUCCAGGAGACAAUUUAAAUCAAGUGGCAGUAAUACAGACAGCAAAAAAGUCCAGAAAUGACGAGCUUGUGCCAACUUUAAAGGAUAAACAGCUUAUGGAAAAGGGAAUUGCUCGAACAACAAACUUAUCAGCACCAAUUAUGAAGUUAGAAGGUCAUGAGAGUGAUAUUUUCAGUUGUGAAUUUCAUCCAGACGGCGAAUACCUUGCUUCUGCUGGAUUUGACAGGAAAAUCUUCGUUUGGAGUGUCUUUGGAGAAGAAUGUCAGAAUGUAGCAGUUAUGAGUGGACAUAAAGGAGCAAUUAUGGAGAUGCAUUUCAGCCCGUCUGGUGAUUCCAUUUAUACUUGCAGCACAGACAAGUUUGUGAGUGUCUGGAAUGUUGAGACAGCACAGCGCAUACGAAAGAUGAAGGGACAUCAAAAUUUUGUCAAUUCUCUUGGAAAUGCGAGACGUGGAGUCGAGACUUUAGUGUCUGGAAGUGACGAUAACACUAUCAAGAUUUGGGAUGCGAGGAAGAAAUAUGUAUGUCAUACAUUCGAUAACGAAUAUCAAGUGACUGCUGUCUGCUUAAACGAUACAGCUGAACAAGUAAUAUCAGGCGGCAUUGAUAAUGAUAUAAAGAUAUGGGAUAUUCGCAAGAACGAGAUAGUCAUGAAGUUAAAAGGUCAUUCAGACUCAAUUACUGGUUUAAGUUUAUCGCCUUGUGGAAACUAUGUCUUAUCAAACUCAAUGGACAAUACAUGCAGAAUCUGGGAUAUAAGACCGUACUGCUCAACAGACCGUUGCAAAACAGUUUUUCAAGGACAUACACACAAUUUCGAGAAGAACUUAUUACGGUGUGUAUGGAGUAAAGACGGUACGAUGAUAUCAGCCGGAUCAGCCGAUAGAUUUGUGUAUAUUUGGGACGUAAAUUCAAAGAAAAUCGUAUAUAAACUGCCAGGUCACAAUGGAAGCGUUAACGAUAUAGAUUUCCAUCCUAAAGAACCAAUAAUUUUGAGUGCAUCAUCUGAUAAGACAUUAUACAUGGGUGAACUGCUUGAAAAUUAAAUUUACAAUCUCUGUUCAUCGAUAAAACCUACCUUAAAAAUAAAAAUAAAUAAAUAAGAG